AUGGCGGCUGCGCAGAUUAGUGACCAUCUCGCCAUCGCGGCGCCGGAAAAGGAGUCGAUUGAUCCGAAAGAGGGCGUCUCGGCAUCAGAGCCGCUCGUUAGUGACCCCUCGGCUCCGAGAGAGCCGCCGCUGGAGAAGGCGGCCAAGCCUCCCUCUCCUCGCCCUAUCCACGGUACCAAGUGGGUUCUCGUCGUCGUCUCCCUCCUCGCCUCGUUCCUCCUCUACGCCCUCGACACCACCAUCGUCGCGACCAUCCAGCCCGCCAUCGUCGACGCCUUUGGCCACGUCGACCUCGUGCCCUGGCUGGGCGUCUCGUUUGCGCUCGCCUCCGCCGCCAGCACCCUGAUAUGGUCCAAAUCCUUUGGCCUCUUCUGCGCCAAGAAGCUCUUCCUCUUCGCCACCGCCCUCUUCAUGGGCGCCUCGGCCGUCUGCGGCGGCGCCCGUCGGGGAUUGCUAAAAAUGAAGAUAAGACGAGUUAAGAGGCGCUCUACAGUCUGCAAAGAAAAGACUCCUGCCACGAGCUGGAAGAACGAUACCCUGUCAUAUGGUUGA